AUGGUUUUAGCAAUUAUCAAAUACUUAACAUUGAGUUCAAAGCACAUCAAAAUAACUACUUCCUGUGUCCUUUUUUUCUCUCAGUCUCUAUGGGGCAGUUGGUCUAUUCUGGGGCCGGACCAUCGAUUUUUCUUCGCUGGUGAUACUGGCUACUGUGCUUCCUUCCAAGAGAUCGGACGACGUUUUGGACCAUUUGAUCUUGCAGCAAUCCCCAUUGGAGCUUAUCUACCCAGGGAUAUGAUGCAAGGGCAGCAUGUAGAUCCAGAGGAGGCUGUGCUGAUUCACCAAGACCUUCAGGCCAAACAGUCCGUCGCCAUUCACUGGGGAACCUUUGCUCUUGCCUAUGAGUACUACCUGGAGCCACCGGUUCGUCUCAGAGACGCCCUGGAGCAGAAAGGACUGAAGCCAGAAGUCUUCUUCACUUUGCACCAUGGGGAGUCUCGCCUUAUAGCUUCACAGGACGGAAACGUCUUUGAUUGAUUCUCUCUGCAGCAUCUGUAACAAAAAGCAGAACUUUAUUUUGAUGGACUUCAAUGUUUAAAGUUUGAAAUGCAUACGUGUAUGCAGAUUAAAAAGACCCACAUUACUGUUUACAUGCUGAAUGUUUGUGCUGUGCCAUUGACUCGUGGUGGGACAGUACUACCUACAGGAGCUGCGACUCCACUAUAAAAUAUUAAUUAGGUUUAGGGAAAAGUGUGUGUGUGUAAGGCAAAAGCUGCUUCUUGUGUGCAACAUUUAAAUAUAAGUGUAACACGGGAAAGAGCACAAGUAAAAGAAAAACUUUUUAUCCCAAAGAGCAGUGUUCCCCAAACUUCUCCUUCAGUACUAUUUGUUCUACAUAACAAGUUGAUCAUUUCAAUCAGCUGUUGGAGCAAGAAGAGAUCUAAAACAUGCAGGACAAGUGGUACUCAGGGAGGUUUGGGAAACGCUGUCUUAAGUGAUGACCCAUGACAGAGUAAAAUCUUUUUUGGAUAUUUUCUAUCAUAUACAAUACAUAACAGAAAUACAAACCACUGACUGUACAAUUAACCCAAACAGUGAAUGCAGCAACAUCAGCAAGUUUGAGUAAAAUGAGCUAUUUGGAUUCAUUUUGAGCCAAUUAUUUGCUGUGAAUAUUACAUCAAAAAUGUGUUUUCCAGUAUUUUUAUAUUUAAUUUUACCAAUCCUACAUACUUAAAAGGGCUUUAUUUUUGACAAAUGUAUUUUUCUCUGACACUUGGCCAUUGUGGGAUUAGCCCUCGAGUUGUUUGAACUGGUUAUUUUCUACUGCAGAGUGAAGGCUCUGUGAUUGGAGCCUGUGUUCAGGUCAGACGUUACCAUCUUAAACUUUAAAAUAAUUUCAAUUUGUUCCCCACUUGAUCCCCACUAGAGGUCACCAAAGCUUCAUGGGGGGUUGUGAGGUUUUCUUGAUUGUAACGAAACUUUUUUUUUUAAAGUAUACAUCAGCAAUUCAGUCAUUUCUGUAAAGAAAACUAAACAAAAGUGUUAUUUUUAAAGUUUAGAUUUUUUAAGCUAAAAACUUUUAAUAACAGGGACACGGUGAAGACCUGAACACAAUUGAUAUUCAGAGCUUUCAGCCUCGUGCAGCAUCAGAAAAGUGAGCAGUUCAAACAACCAAAAAGCCAACAGAACAAUGACCAGGUGUCAGAUAAAACAAAACAUUGAACAUGUCAAAAAGAAGCCUAUUAUGUGUUUUACACAAUACAGACAUUGCAUAAAGUUCCUAAAAUAAUAGUGGAAAAAUCUCUGCACUAUGCAGAAAUUUUUACACAAACUUCCUGCAGUUGAUGCAUUCACUAUUUUGCGUAAUUGAAGUUUAUCAAUUGAUCUGUGGUGUUAUUGUUAUGCAUUGAAUGUAUUGUAAGACAUCCAUAAAAUAUGGCACUCAGUUGUCUUAUCUAACAAUGACUGUACUCAGUGAUAGAAAAGGGGCCCCUUAAAGAAAAAGGUUUGGAACCACUGCUAUAGAGUAAAAGUACAAGUUUUGUAUUUUAGAGACAUUUCUGCAGCAAAAUAUUGUGUCCAUAAAAUGAUA